AUGGGACAAACGAGUGAUUUUAAUGUUGUAACUGUUAUUCANGCCAUUGAUCCCAAAUCCACUGCUUCUGGUGUUGGGGAAUUAGUCUUACCCAUCAAUAAAAAAAUGGACUCUCACAACAAAAAAGUACUUUCAGCCAAAAUCCCCUGGGUCAAAAUUUUAACCAGCUUCCCUGUUUGGGCGAUCGUUGUCAAUAACUUCACCUUUCACUAUGCUUUAUAUGUGCUCAUGAACUGGCUCCCAACCUACUUUGAAUUGGGCCUUAAGCUUAGCCUGCAAGACAUGGGUUCCUCUAAAAUGUUGCCCUAUCUCAACAUGUUCCUGUUCUCCAACAUUGGCGGUGUUGUUGCCGACUACUUGAUCACCAGGAGAAUAUUAUCUGUCACCAAAACCAGGAAAUUCUUGAACACCGUAGGGUUCUUGGUUGCUUCUCUUGCCUUGGUGGUGAUUCCCAGUUUCAGAACUUCUGGUGGUGCUGUCUUCUGUUCUUCUGUGGCUCUUGGUUUCUUGGCACUUGGCAGAGCUGGAUUUGCAGUGAACCACAUGGAUGUUGCUCCGAGAUACGCUGGAAUAGUGAUGGGUGUUUCUAAUACUGCGGGUACUUUGGCUGGCAUUGUGGGCGUUGACCUAACUGGGAAGCUUCUUGAAGCUGCUAAGGCUGCUAAUUCUGAUCUUUCAAGUCCAGAAAGCUGGAGAACAGUGUUUUUCAUUCCUGGAUUUUUAUGCAUUUUUAGUUCAUUUGUAUUUCUACUAUUUUCAACAGGGGAGAGAAUUUUUGAUUGAAGUAGCCUUGUCAAUUUCAUGGCUUAAGAGGUGUUGUUAUUCUGGGGAUUUAAUUUUUAUUACAUCUCCAUGUUAUAUCAUUCUUGGAUAGAAGAGGUCAUGAUGUUAUAACUGGA